AUGAGUGUGUCCACCCUCUACACUGGGAGUGGUGUGACGGUUAAGACGGCGUUAUGUGUAAAGAGUUUACACGGGAGCAUCGAUCCCAUCUUGCCCACCUCCUCUCCCCAAUCAGAUUGGUGUGUACAAGAGAUACAGGAUUACAAAAGUAAUAGCGUUUAUAUCUCCAUAAUGUCCAAUUUUGGCAAACACACACCCUUCCCUUCCACUUCAUAACCACACUUCCUCCCUCCUAAUUUUCUCUCCUCUCUUCUUUCUCCUAAUCAUCUCUCGUCCUGCCUCCCUCCUCUCUCCUCCAUAAGUAUAUUGUAGGUGAUGGCAUCCGGCUGGCAGCUGCCAACCAUUCCAACUCCAGCCAGAGGAGCAGCUUGCCACUACUAGCGCUAGCCAAAUUACACUGAUUAGUAUUAUGGAGCAUGUUGCCACCCCACCACUAGCCUAUGCCUGGCUUACUGAAUGACUCUUGCCUUUGAAGAGCGAUCUGUCUGUCUCCACACAUUUGAGAACAGUACGUGUCAUCACUUGGAAAAUGGAAUAGACAGCAACGAGCUGAUUUGACUCUUUAGUGGGUCUGGUAUUGCAUGGGCUCAGCUAAUUCUCCUGUGUGUAAUUCCCAUUUCCCAGUCAUGUUUGUCUACUGCAUCAACAUGGUGGAUGAUUGUGUUCACAGGAGAACGGCACUCGGAGGCACAGGCUUUCCCAGUCAGCCCCUGAUAAGGCAUCUGUGCUCCCCUCCCACCCCUCAGUUAUUGGGUUUUGUCUAGAAAGGAUACAGCUUUUGUCAAUUGACUUUUCGUAGCACGUUUAGAACUUACGCAGCAGGUUAGGAUAAUUAUAGUAGCAAGUUAGGAGAAUUAGGUUACGGUUAGGAAAAGGGUUAGGGUUAGCAACUUUUGAUGUCAAAUUUGACAAAAGCUGUAUCUCAUCUAGACAUGACCCAGUUACAGCCUUACCCAAUCAGUCCCAACCCUAUUUAUCCUCCUUUCACUCAUUGAUUACUUCCACCCAGUAAAUUCUGCUUUCAUUUAGUAAUUUCCCUGUAUACCAAUUCCUUCAUUCAUCUAUCAUCCUUUAAUCUAUUUAUCUAUCCACCCACCAAUCUAUUAUUAGGCUAUUGCUGUACCUAGGGCUGCCAGGGUAUAUAGAUAAUUUGUAAUUAGUAGUGCCUCUCUUGAACUGCCACUCCUGCUGCAGUGGUGGAAUUUUGGCAUUUUAUUUUAGUAUUCUAUUCUCUGUGACGUUUUGUAUACUAACAAGGACAUAAUUCCAACAGUGUUUUCCCAGCUCUGUGUGUGUGUGUGUGUGUGUGUGUGUGCCGAGAGUGAGACUGAACUGAACCCUCUGACAUCCAAAUGUUGAUCUUCUACUCGGAUACUCUUAUCCCCGCUUCCCCAGAGAUCCCUGAAUAAACUCAGUGCACUGUCUAUAGACCGCAUCAUCUCUGUACGACCUUGUGUCAUUUGGAUGAGAGAGACCAGGCAGGGGGAAGUUGCGGUCAAAGUCGAGACUUUCAUACCUUGUACUAUAUAGUGUUGUGUGAUCAGAGGUGCGUACGUACAUUAUUGUGGUUUGGAAAAGGUUGACUAGUAUUUAGCACAGCCUUACCUCACUGUUGCGUUAUCACUAUUGGUAUCAGGCAGCAGUCAUAAGACUGGGUUCAGAUGAGAUGAUUGGGUUGGAAACCGGGACCCAAUGGCAUCCCAGCUGCCACCAAGAUGCUAAAUGACCACUGAAAUUAGACCACGUCAGUUGUCAGUCUUGUCUAUAUAUUCUAUGAUGUUCUCAUCUCACCCCCUCUCUCUUUUCUCCACCCUCUCUUGCAGCUGAAACUUAUAGAUCGAUCCAUCGUUAUCCGAGACAUUGUGCGGCGGAUGAAUUCUAACGUAAGCGGAGCUCCCUCUCCUGUCGUAUCACUACACUGUGUUAGCUGAUGACACCCUACAUGACUGUCGUACCAACACAGGAUGACUGUACAAGCUGCAGUGUUUGAUGUAGAAUGUGCUAACAUGCCUUUAUCAGAAUGCGCUUUCAUGCCCUCUUUGUUAUAAUAGGGACUGAUGCAAGCACAUUGACAUAUUGAGUAAACAUUUUAGCGUAUGUGUAGCUAAUGAGAAUUUUCAACACCUGUCCCUUGGUUGUAUUUCUUGAGUUGAGUUGACUAGUGAUAGAAAACUUAAAUUAAAACGCACCGACAGAAAUUGGUGCAUUGUUUUUAGAUAGUGUCAGGGUGAUGGUGAUAUGGUAACCCUUGUCUUGGUUGUGGUUUCCAGGACAACCAAUGUGGCAUCGUGACCAACAUCGACAUAGAGUGUGCUGUAAAAGCUAGUGGGGACCAACUGUGUCCUGUACCCCGUCAACAGUAAAGACCUACAUCACAUCUGGGUAAGAAAAACCAGAGAUACCAUAGUAUUCACUUGACCACCCUAUGUCCACAGAGGAGUUACAAGAUGGAAGCAUUACCACAUGUGAUUUAUCAAAUUAAUUUGUAAUUUAUUAUUUUUGUUAUGAUUUAUAUUUUAAUUAACCAUUUGCUUACAUAUACUCAUUUAAUUAGGCUAUUCAAUUGUCUUGUCCUUCUCGAGUAUCUCCCAUAGUAGCCUAUGCCUUGAAGGUCGUCCAUAAUUUACUCCUUAUUCUUUGGUAAAGAUAGAGAUGCAUACAUACAUACAUACAUACAUACAUACAUACAUACAUACAUACAUACAUACAUACAUACAUACAGUACCAGUCAAAAGUUUGGACACACCUACUCAUUCAAGGGUUUUUCUUUGUUUUGACUAUUUUCUACAUCGUAGAAUAAUAGUGAAGACAUCAAAACUAUGAAAUAACACAUGGAAUCAUGUAGUAACCAAGUGUUAAUCAAAUCCAAAUAUAUUUUAUAUUUGAGAUUCUUCAAAUAGCCACCCUUUGCCUUGGUGACAGCUUUGCACACAUUUCAAUUAACAGGUGUGCCUUGUUAAUUUGUGGAAUUUGUUUCCUUAAUGUGUUUGAGCCAAUCAGUUGUGUUGUGACAAGGUAGGGUGGUAUAUAGAAGAUAGCCCUAUUUGGGAAAAGUGCAAGUCCAUAUUAUGGUAAGAACAGCUCAAAUAAGCAAAGAGAAAUGACCGUCCAUCAUUACUGUAAGACAUGAAGGUCAGUCAAUACGGAAAAUGUCAAUAACUUUGAAACUUUCUUCAAGUGCAGUCGCAAAAUCCAUCAAGCGCUAUGACGAAACUGGCUCUCAUGAGGACAGCCACAGGAAAGGAAGACCCAGAGUUACCUCUGCUGCAGAGGAUAAGUUAAUUCGAGUUACCAGCCUCAGAAAUUGCAGCCCAAAUAAAUGCUUCACAGAGUUCAAGUAACAGACACAUCUCAACAUCAACUGUUUAGAGGAGACUACAUGAAUCAGGCCUUCAUGGUCGAAUUGCUGCAAAGAAACCACUACUAAAGGACACCAAUAAGAAGAAGAGACUUGCUUGGGCCAAGAAACACAAGCAAUGGACAUUCGACCAGUGGAAAUCUGUCCUUUGGUCUGACAAGUCCAAAUUUGAGAUUUUUGUGUCUUUGUGAGACGCAGAGUAUGUGAACGGAUGAUCUCCGUAUGUGUGGUUCCCACCGUGAAGCAUGGAGGUGGUGUGGGGGUGCUUUGCUGAUGACACUGUCAGUGAUUUAUUUAGAGUUCAAGGCACACUUAACCAGCAUGGCUACCACAGCAUUCUGCAGCAAUACACCAUCCCAUUUGGUUUGCGCUUAGUGGGACUAUCAUUUUGUUUUUCAACAGGACAAUGACCCAACACAUCUCCAUGCUGUGUAAGGGCUAUUUGAUCAAGAAGGAGAGUGAUGGAGUGCUGCAUCGAGAUGACCUGACCUCCACAAUCAUCCGACCUCAACCCAAUUGAGAUAGUUUGGGAUGAGUCGGACCGCAGAGUGAAGGAAAAGCAGCCAACAAGUGCUCAGCAUAUGUGGGAACUCCUUCAAGACUGUUGGAAAAGCAUUCCUCAUGAAGCUGGUUGAGAGAAUACCAAGAGUGUGCAAAGCUGUCAAGGCAAAGGGUGGCUACUUUGAAGAAUCUCAAAUAUAAAAUAUAUUUUGAUUUGUUUAACACUUCUCUGGUUACUACAUGAUUCCAUAUGUGUUAUUUCAUAGUUUUGAUGUCUUCACUAUUAUUCUACAAAAGAAAAACCCUGGAAUGAGUAGGUGUGUCCAAACUUGACUGGUACUGUGUGUGUGUGUGUGUAUAUAUAAUCACAUCAAUGUCUCUGUUACAAUCAUUUGUUUUAUGUGUGUUCCCUGCUAGUCUUUCAUGUAUGGAGACUACAUAGCCUACGACUUCUGGCUGGGGAAGGUGUACGACCUGACCAACCACAUCAUCCUCAAGUUGUCCAAUGGAGCCAGGUACAGAAUCUGUCCCAGUAUGAGUGUAAUUUCAAAACUGUUUAAUUUACAUCUGUCUGCUUCAUGGUUAGCUCAACUUCUCUCUCUACUACUGCAGGUGUUCCAUGAAUGUGGAGGACGGCGCCAAGCUGUACGACGUCUGUCCACACGUCAGUGACUCGGUAGGUGAAAUGCCAUGAGCUGCAUUUUGUGUGAAAACGUAGCCGUCUGCCCUCUUCCACUGCGCUUCACUGAUCUGAUAAGGCUGGCUAGGUGGAAGUAAUAUGAAAUUAACUUACUGCGCACAGCCUUGAGCUUCUUAUUCCUCCUUAUGGGCCAGAGGUAGUGGGUGUAAUACUUUGUAACAGGGCUGGGGGUCAAUUCCAUUUGAGCUGGGUCAAUUUAGGAAACCGAUUUUGAAAAUUGAGUUUAAAUGGAUCGACCCUAAUCUUGUUUAAGGUAGCAGGUUGCGUGCGUCCAAUAUUAAUCGGAAACUGUUGUGUUUGACUGGAAAUACCUAUGUGUUACUCCUGUUCACUUUGGCUGUUAUAUUUCAGAAACAAUACAACCAUAAAAAUUAACACUGAAGGUUGAUAAGUACUAGCUAUGUUCUCCUGUCAUUUGUUGAAAUGACCAAUGAGCAGCAGGAUAUCUUACAGACCUUUUUAGAUUCUCCAUGGACUGGGUUAAGGAAACUGCCUCUGUGUGUUAUUAAGAUGAAUCUCCUCUCUGGUUGUUAGGGUCUGUUCUUCGACGAGGCCUAUGGUUUCUACCCAGGCCAGGUGCUGAUCGGGCCGGCCAAAGUUUUCUCCAAUGUCCAGUGGCUCUCCGGGGUCAAGCCCGUACUCCGCAAGAAGAGCAAAUUCAGGGUGGUGGUCGAAGAGGUAUGUUGGUGGCAAUUUGCAUAUUUUAUAGUAGUGCAUUAUCCAAAGGCUAUAACUUUGGCCUCUGAGUUUUUCCUGGGUUUUACUGACCACAUAACCUUACCACCUAAUUAUAGGCUUAGCUACUAAAGUAUGUGUGAUGUCACUGCUCUAAAUGGUUAUCUGUGUGUCAUGUGACCCCGUAGGUCCAGGUGGCGGAACUGAAGGUGACGUGGAUCACCAAGAGUUACUCCCCCAAGGGCACGGACAGCGUCUACCCCCCUCCGUCCACCAUCUCACAGGAGAACCUCUGCAGGUACUGUACUGUACUGCUCCCAGUCUGUCUGUUCAUUCCAAGGCUCUACGCUGACCUUUUUUACAAGAGCAUCUAAAUUGAAAAAGGAAUUUAGGAGCAUAACGACAAAUAUUUGAGAUAUUAAAGCUAGAAUCCUUCAUUUUUCUAGGCCACUUGUACACCAAAAAUAAAAUUCCAGGUCGCACAGCAAAAAAUUUAGCCGCAUAUGCGAGUAAAAUGGUCGCGCUGUAGAGCCCUGCAUUCAUUCAUUCAUCCAUCCAUCCACACUGCAGCAUAGAGGCUACAGUUUUCCAUCAUAGAUAUACAGUGUAUGAACAGUAUUUCUAGUGAUCUGGUCCACAUACAUUAUAUACACACCUCACAAUCACAUCUCUCCUACUCACACUUGCGUGCAUGUCUUAAUUGGGUACUUACAUGAACAGGGUGAAGUUCUAAUUUCAUAACAAGGACCGCAAUCAUUUUUGCGAGCUGCACUGUAAGCCUAUAGUCGGAGCUGGAGAAAGAGCAGCUCUCCUCCGUAAAGUUCCAAACGGUCAGAACCAUUAGCUUUUGAGACGGGUGAAAUCCUAAGCUGUGCUAUAUUAACCCCCUAAGGACGAUGUCCACGCCCCCGCAAAAAUCUAAUUAGCAUAAUAAAAAAUUCUCCAUAAAAAUCUAUCCGUUUAAGCUAGAGAUAUCUGCAUUGGAUGCGUCUCAAUCCACUGCAUCCGCCUAUGUCGCACUUCCGCAUCUGCGGUGACAGAGCUAGAGUGGUGUUUGUCAAACCCUGAGUCAUCCGAAAAUCGGUCUUCUCACAAAAUCGUCUGUAGCGUCCGAACGGUUUGCUCUACGACCCCCACAAGCAACUUGGGACUCAUCUGAAGUCGGUUCAGCCGAUCUGCCAACUUCUGUCUGUAGCGUCCCAACAGUUUGGGCAACAACACUAAUAUGAGUCCUCUGUGGAAAGGUGAGACUCUCACGAACACGUACAUGUCUGUUUUGCUCAAGGACGUCCACAGGCCUCAGAAGACUCAUCUAAAGGUCCCCCGGUACCAGUUGAAAUAAUUAAUGGAAGUAUAUAUGGAGACUGUUAGUGCCAGAAAUUUGUUUGUAUGGGCUAAUAGCAGUAAGGCCAAAAACAAAUUGUAAUUUUUUCGGCUUAGACAGGGCUUAGACUAUUUAGUGCUAAAAAAGAAGGGGCUAAAUACAUGUUUCCUCAUUUUUCAUAUAUCUCCGAUAUAGGGCAGACACUUCUGAACAAACUUUUUUGGGGGACGAUCUGUUGUUCCAUGUCUUGAAUCUGUUAUUCAAUGCGUUUGUAUGGGCUAAUAGAAGUACGGCCAACAUUUUAUUUAUUUUAUUUUAAGGGGUCUUAAAAUUCCAAAUCAAAUCGCAAAUGAUCCUUGGUAUGACCUUCCUAAAACAAUUUCAUAUAGCUUAGUAGUACCCCCGCCCCCCCUGGCUUAGACAGGGCUUAGUCUCUUAUGGGUUAAUCUCAUUGGUCAUUUCUAUAGAUAAAUAUUGACAUAUUGCUAGCUAAAACAUAUAUCUGCGAAAAUGAUCAGUGGGUGAUGGGGAUUUCAGAUAAAAAGCAUAUUGAACCCCGCUCAGAGGCCCAGCUCAGUAUCAGAUUUUAAUUUAGAAUGGAAAAUGAAUGUGUUCAUGCAACAAAUGUUAGUGCAUCUAUCAGAGCCCAUGUAACUCGAUGGAGGGAUGCUCAUCUCUAACACACACCCAUUAUUUUACUUCUACUGACACACUCCUCCUAAAUGUGUGUGUUUGGAUCCAGAGUGAAGCGUCUGGGCUACUACGACCACACCCAGAGGCAGCUGGGGGAGAGGGCCCUGUACGUGUUCCCAGCCAAGGGAGACACCACACACAUCACCUGUGAGUGGCCCGACGGGGCCCCCGGACUCCCAGAGGACCCCGUAGCCAGGAAGGUGUGUGAGAGAUAUAUUUUUAAAAAAUUGUGCGUGCCUGUCCCCGUUUGUAUGUGUGUGAGAAACAAUUGGUUACAAUAUUGCCUCUGUUUGCACAGAUACUCCAUGUAUCCAAUUUUUUCUUUUUCAUAUUAUAUCAGUGUCUUAUGACAAUGUCCUUCCUGCAGUUGAAAAGAAUGUUCAAGAAGGAGUUGUUAGGGAAGAAGACCAGUGAUAAUGCAGAGACACAAGGUGCAAACCAGCACUCCACCGACAAGACGGACAGCCUUGACGGUACAUGCUGCUUUUAUUUAUCUAUGUUGGUCAUCAGAAAUGUUGCCUUGUCAUUUUUUGGUAGAUAUCCUAACUUAAACAGCUGACGAGCUCAAACUCAAUAAUAAUUUCUAGCUCAAUACAGUCUACUGAUAAGUGCCCAUCUGAUAACUGCACACCUUGUGCAGGGUAGUUCGCCCCACAAUUAAAAUCUGUUCUUCAUGCUUUGCUCAGUCCCAAGUCACUGCAUAUACAGUACCAUUUAGUGAAUUAUACAUGUAAAACCAACUCAACGACCAUCACCCGUGUCCUCUCCCCCCUCCCCGCACCCAGGUGACCUCAAGCCUGACAACACCCAUUCAGACUCCACCACCCUCCCCCGCCCUCACCACCCCAACCACGCCCUCCAGCCCUCGCCCCUGUGCCCUCCCCCCUCCUCUGACCCAUGGCCCGAGCCCGCAGAGCAGGACGCAGACGACGAGGCGGGGGCGGAGGACACGGACGACACCUUGUCGCUGACGUCGUCAGCGAGCAGCACGGCGUCGUCGCAGAGCAGCGGUCUCGGGGGCCUGAACAGGAAGAAGAGCAUCCCGCUGUCCAUCCGCAACCUGAAGAGGAAGCACAAGAAGAAGAGGACCAAGUUCUCCCGCGAGUUCAAGCCCGGCGACAGGUGAGCCAGUUGUCAAUCAAAUCAAUUUGUGUUCAUAGUAUGCUAUGUGACUACAAAUGUAGCAGAUACAAAUGUAUAUAAAUGGCUACAAAUGUAGCAGGCUAGGUCAGAGCCUAGGUCUCACUUUAGUCCUCUCCCCUCUUCUACUUUCUGCCUUCUCUCCCUCACGCCCUCCCUUUCUUUUGGAACAGCCGCUAUUCCUCCCUCUCUUGCGCCCUCCCUCAAUUUUUCUCUCUGGAGAUGGCCUUUCCCUGGCCAUCUCCUUUCUCUUUGGUAUGUGUAAAGGAUGAUCAAUAGCUUGUUGGCAAGAAUUCAGCUACCUGCUGGCAAAAAUGCUGCAUCCUUGAACCCACUGUCACUUUUAUUUAUUUGUUUUUAUUGUCACAUUCACCGGAUAGGUGCAGUGAAAAGUGUUGUUUUACAGGGUCAGCCAAAGUAGUACGGCGCCCCUGGAGAAAAUUGGGGUGAAGUGCCUUGCUCAAGGGCACAUCGUGCCUCCCAGCUUCUCAUGCCUCCCAGCCUUGUACAGAUACACAAUCACAUCAUUAUCCUCCGUCUUAGGCCAGAGCAGAGGCUUCAGAAAUGGCACCCUAUUCCCUAUGUAGUGCACUACUUUUGUCAAAAAUAGAGACUGUCACCUUACACCCACUCCCCAGCCAAACAGACCAGUGUUCAUCGAUCUAACAUCUUGUCUCCCAGAAAGUGUCCUCUCCUCCUUACGAACCUUCUGAUGGCUUGUUACUAACUACGGGAUCGAUUUCAGGCUGAUUUCUCGGAGCAGAUGUACACUAAUGACCCUGGGUGUUAGUAGGCUGUGUGGAUGCUGCCAGUGACGGUGUGACCUGGCCUUGUCUUAAAAUCUUGAACCAGUCUAGCACCAAUCCAGUACUAGUACCACUCUAUGGCCAAUAUAGUACUAGGCCUAGUAGUACCAAUCUAGUACUUGUCCUAGAACCAAUCUGAAUCUAGUACCAAUUCAAUAUUAGUACUAGUAACAAUCCACAGGUUAUACUAGCAUAAAUCUAGUAUUAUUGGUGUGAUGUGAAAAUGAAUAAGCUCGCUACCGCACUCGCUCUCCUUGUGGUCCUUUAAAAUCACGCCGGUACCCACAAUUAGCCGUAGCUCUGCACCAUUAGUUUGACGUUUCCAAAUAGGUUGACGUUUGGGUCGAUGUAACCUUUUCUCAAGACAUUGUAGAAUUCAAGAACUUUAAUUUCUACCAGGUGCCAUUCAGAAGCGGCAGGUUUUCCAAGGCUGCACAUGCGAAAUGGCACCCUAUUUCCUAUAUAGUGCACUACUUUUGAACAGAGCCCUGGUUAAAAGUAGUGUAUUACUUAGAAAAUAGGAUGCCAUUUCAGACGCAGCCCAAGGCUGCAGAUCUGGUGGUUAAAUAUAGCUGGCAGCUGAUAAAUCAUGUAUCAUGUGCUUAGGUGUGCCCAGAUAACAUCCAGGUCCUCUAAUUGAAGGAGACAGAUGGAGCGAGAGAGAGGGGGAAAGAGUGAUGGAGAGGGGAAAAGAGCAAGGGAGAUCAAGAGGGGAAAGAAGCAGAGAUGGAUUGAGUUGCAGGGGGAGAGAGCGAGAGGAAGACUGAUGGGGGGGGGGGGGAAUAAGACGGCAAGGGAGAGGUAGUGACAGGCAGAGCGAGGGGAAAGUGACUGAGUUCUAGUGGGGGAUUGAAAUGAGGUAGAGGAGAGAUUUGAUAAAAAAAAUACAAAAAAAGACGGAUAUUAUGGAUGGAGGGAGACAGUGACAGGAUGCAAGGCAGAGGAGAUCAGGCUCGGCACCGCUCACCCUGCGAGAUCUUUGGUUCACACUGCUGCUGCGCAUAUGGCUGUCAGUUUAACAUUCCAUUCUGUAACUUGUAGGUAUUUUCCACUCUUAACCAAAACAACUUACUGUAAUAGUGAGGCUCUGUCAGUGAAGACACAACUUCCAGUAUUAGUUAGUAAGUCACUAGUUCUAAUAUCUGCCAUCUCCCUGUUUUUUACCGUCAGGGUGGCGGUAGAGGUGGUGUCCACCAAGACCUCGGCCGACGUCCUCUGGAAGGACGGUCGUAUGGAGACCCUCAUCCGCUCCAACGACCUCAUCCCCAUCCAGCACCUGGACAACCACGAGUUCUGCCCCGGUGACUUUGUUGUCGACAAACGACGUAAGUAGCUAGCACACUUCCCCCUCGUAUUCAGGCCUUAUAUAUAUGUCUGUACAGUGAGGGGGGGAAAAAAGUAUUUGAUCCCCUGCUGAUUUUGUACGUUUGCCCACUGACAAAGAAAUGAUCAGUCUAUAAUUUUAAUGGUAGGUUUAUUUGAACAGUGAGAGACAGAAUAACAACAAAAAAAUCCAGAAAAACGCAUGUCAAAAAUGUUAUAAAUUGAUUUGCAUUUUAAUGAGGGAAAUAAGUAUUUGACCCCUCUGCAAAACAUGACUUAGUACUUGGUGGCAAAACCCUUGUUGGCAAUCACAGAGGUCAGACGUUUCUUGUAGUUGGCCACCAGGUUUGCACACAUCUCAGGAGGGAUUUUGUCCCACUCCUCUUUGCAGAUCUUCUCCAAGUCAUUAAGGUUUCGAGGCUGACGUUUGGCAACUCAAACCUUCAGCUCCCUCCACAGAUUUUCUAUGGGAUUAAGGCCCGGAGACUGGCUAGGCCACUCCAGGACCUUAAUGUGCUUCUUCUUGAGCCACUCCUUUGUUGCCUUGGCCGUGUGUUUUGGGUCAUUGUCAUGCUGGAAUACCCAUCCACGACCCAUUUUCAAUGCCCUGGCUGAGGGAAGGAGGUUCUCACCCAAGAUUUGACGGUACAUGGCCCCGUCCAUUGUCCCUUUGAUGCGGUGAAGUUGUCCUGUCCCCUUAGCAGAACCCCCCCCCCAAAAGCAGAAUGUUUCCACCUCCAUGUUUGACGGUGGGGAUGGUGUUCUUGGGGUCAUAGGCAGCAUUCCUCCUCCUCCAAACAUGGUGAGUUGAGUUUAUGCCAAAGAGCUCAAUUCUGGUCUCAUCUGACCACAACACUUUCACCCAGUUCUCCUCUGAAUCAUUCAGAUGUUCAUUGGCAAACUUCAGACGGGCCUGUAUAUGUGCUUUCUUGCGGGCGCUGCAGUAUUUCAGUCCUUCACGGCGUAGUGUGUUACCAAUUGUUUUCUUGAUGACUAUGGUCCCAGCUGCCUUGAAAUCAUUGACAAGAUCCUCCCGUGUAGUUCUGGGCUGAUUCCUCACCGUUCUCAUGAUCAUUGCAACUCCACGAGGUGAGAUCUUGCAUGGAGCCCCAGGCCGAGGGAGAUUGACAGUUCUUUUGUGUUUCUUCCAUUUGCGAAUAAUCGCACCAACUGUUGUCACCUUCUCACCAAGCUGCUUGGUGAUGGUCUUGUAGCCCAUUCCAGCCUUGUGUAGGUCUACAAUCUUGUCCCUGACAUCCUUGGAGAGCUCUUUGGUCUUGGCCAUGGUGGAGAGUUUGGAAUCUGAUUGAUUGAUUGCUUCUGUGGACAGGUGUCUUUUUAUACAGGUAACAAGCUGAGAUUAGGAGCACUCCCUUUAAGAGUGUGCUCCUAAUCUCAUCUUGUUACCUGUAUAAAAGACACCUGGGAGCCAGAAAUCUUUCUGAUUGAGAGGGGGACAAAUACAUAUUUCCCUCAUUUAAAAUGCAAAUCAACUUAUAACAUUUUUGACAUGUGUUUUUCUGGAUUUUUUUGUUGUUAUUCUGUCUCUCACUGUUCAAAUAAACCUACCAUUAAAAUUACAGACUGAUCAUUUCUUUGUCAGUGGGAAAACGUACAAAAUCAGCAGGGGAUCAAAUACUUUUCCCCCUCACUGUAUAUGUACAGUCGUGGUCAAAGGUUUUGAGAAUGACACAAGUAUUGGUCUUCACAAAGUUAGCUGAUUCAGUGUUAUGAUAUAUUUUUGUCAGAUGUUACUAUGGUAUACUGAAGUAUAAUUACAAGAAUUCCAUAAGUGUAAAAGGCUUUUAUUGACAAUUACAUUAAGUUUAUGCAAAGAGUCAAUAUUUGCAGUGUUGACCCUUCUUUUUCAAGACCUCUGCAAUCCGCCCUGGCAUGCUGUCAAUAAACUUCUGGGCCACAUCCUGAAUAAUGGCAACCCAUUCUUGCAUAAUCAAUGCUUGGAGUUUGUCAGAAUAUGUGGGUUUUUGUUUGUCCAUCCGCCUCUUGAGGAUCGACCACAAGUUCUCAAUGGUAUUAAGGUCUGGGGAGUUUCCUGGCCAUGGAUCCAAAAUGUUUGUUUUGUUCCCCGAGCCACUUAGUUAUCACUUUUGCCUUAUGGCAGUGCUUCUCAAUUAUUUUCUGUUGCGCCCCCCUAGGAAGAAGUAACAUUUCGCGCCCCCCAACUCUCCCGCCGCAAACUGGAAAUAGUAUCAUUUGUCUAUGAAAUUGUUCUAAGUACACCUCUGCAUAACAUUGUAUCCUUAUUAACAUUAAAGAAAAUAAAAAUAAAAUAAAGAAUAUAGAUCAACUUACAACAAAGAAUAACUUUAUUAACAUUGUUUUUUAGUCUGUAACAGAAAAUACUUAAAGUGCAUCAAUUUGCCUGAAAUUUGCCUUAUUUAAACUGUAAAAAAAUGUUGACCAUUUGAUACUGAAAAAUAAAAUAAAAUAUAAUCAAUAAAUAAUAAUAAAUUCAAAUUGAUCAGCAACAUGAACUCAGGAGCCCAAUAUAUGAAACACUGACCUAUAAAACAAAAAUGAAUAAAACCAUUUGUGCUGAUUUUUUUUUUAGCAAAAUGAGGAAGUCAGGAUUAAUGGCAAAAGGCACGUUUGUCUUUGAGUUUAUCUACCAGCUGUUCUUUAAGAUCGUUAGCAAUGUCAUUUAUACGUCUGGCGACAGUGUCAUUGGACAGAGGGAUAGUUUUUAUUUUUGCAGCACUUGCGUCAUCCAGCAUGACAGAGACCAUGUCUAAUGCUGCAGGCAGUAUCAGCUCCUCUGCUAUGGAGUGUUUUUUUUUUGCACUGAGCAAUUUGGUACGCCACCUUAUAUGAUGCUAACAGUGCUCGCUGGUUUCCUGAAGUAGCAUUCACAAAGCGGGACAAUUGUUGGCAAUAUUCGGCACGUUUUCGCUAAAAAAAACUCAAGCGGCUUAUCAGCGUGAUUGGGGUGUAAUGUAUUUAAGUGACGCCUUAAUUUAUUUGGCUUCAUGCUGUCCGCUGCCAACAUUUUUAGACACAGUAAACAUACCGGUCUUUCCUCUUCUCCCACCGUAGUCACAGUGAAGCCAAACGCGACAUACGCUUCGUCAUAUUUCCUCGUCUUAGCUUUCGGGAGACUUACGUUUGUCUCAUUAUCUCCGUCUCUCUCCGCCUUUCUUUUCAUCCCUGUUAGGUAUGUUUCCAUGGCGUCUCUUAAGGCUUUGCCCUUAUGGCAAGGUGCUCCAUCAUGCUGGGAAAAGGCAUUGGGCUGUCACCCAAACUGUUUCUUGGAUGGGUUGGGGAAGAGAGAAGUUGACAAAGUUCUCAUGGCUUUGUUCUUAGGCAAAAUUGUGGUGAGCCCAACUCCCUUUGCUGAUAAGCAACCCCACAAUGGAAUGGUCUCAGGAAUGCUUUACUUUGGCAUGGACACAGGAUGAUGGUAGCGCUCAUCUUGUCUUCUCCGGACAAGGUGAUUUCCGGAUGGCCCCAACAACAAUCGGAAAGGGGAUUCAUCGAGAAAAUGACUUUACCCAGUCCUCAGCAGUCCAAUCCCCUGUACCUUUGGCAGAACAUCAGUCUGUCCCUGAUGUUUUUCCUGGAGAGAAGUGGCAUCUUUGCUGCCCUUCUUGACACCAGGCCAUCCUCCAAAAGUAUUUGCCUCACUGUGCGUGCAGAUGCACUCACACCUGCCUGCUGCCAUUCCUGAGCAAGCUCUGCACUGGUGGUGCCCCGAUCCCGCAGCUGAAUCAACUUUAGGAGACGGUCCUGUCCCUUGCUGGACUUUCUUGGGCGCCCUGACGCCUUCUUCACAACAAUUGAACCUCUCUCCUUGAAGUUCUUGAUGAUUUGAUAAAUGGUUGAUUUAGGUGCAAUCUUACUAGCAGCAAUAUCCUUGCCUGUGAAGCCCUUUUUGUGCAAAGCAAUGAUGACGGCAUGUGUUUCCUUGCAGGUAACCAUGGUUAACAGAGAAAGAACAAUGAUUUCAAGCACCACCCUCCUUUUAAAGCUUCCAGUGUGUUAUUCUAACUCAAUCAGCAUGACAGAGUGAUCUCCAGCCUUGUCCUCGUCAACACUCACCUGUGUUAACGAGAGAAUCACUGACAUGAUGUCAGCUGGUCCUUUUGUGGCAGGGCUGAAAUGCAGUGGAUUUUUUUUGGGGGGGGGAUUAAGAUCAUUUUCAUGGCAAAGAGGGACUUUGAUCAGAUGAAUUGCAAUUAAUUGCACUCUUCAUGACAUUCUGGAGUAUAUGCAAAUUGCCAUCAUUAAAACUGAGGCAGCAGACUUUGUGAAAAUUAGUAUUUGUGUCAUUCUCAAAACUUUUGACCACGACUGUGUACUGUGUGUUUGUAUGUAUGUAUGUACAUUUUUCCCCUCAUCAAUCUACACACAAUACCACAUAAUGACAAAGCGAAAACAGGUUUAGAAAUGUUUGCAAAUGUAUAAAAAAAAACUUUUAAAAAAAAGAUACUUGGUUCCCGAGUGGCGCAGUGGGCUAAAGCCCUGCAUCUCAGUGCUUGAGGCGUCACUACAGACCCCCUGGUUCGAUUCCAGGCUGUAUCACAACUGGCCGUGAUUGGGAGUCCCAUAGGGCGGCGCACAAUUGGCCCAGCGUCGUCCGGGUUUGGCCGGUGUAGGCCGUCGUUGUAAAUAAGAAUUUGUUCUUAACUGACUUGCCUAGUUAAAUAAAGGUAAAAAAAAAAAAAAAAAUAUAUAUAUAUAUAUAAAAAUACGUUAUUUACAUAAGUAUUCAGACCCUUUGCUAUGAUACUCAAAAUUGAGCUCAGGUGCAUCCUGUUUCCAUUGAUCAUCCUUGAUGUUUCUACAACUUGAUUGGAGUCAACCUGCGGUAAAUUCAAUUGAUUGGACAUGAUUUGGAAAGGCACACACCUGUCUAUAUAAGGUCCCACAGUUUACAUUGCAUGAUAGAGCAAAAACCAAGCCAUGAGUUCGAAGGAAUUGUCCGUAGAGCUCCGAGACAGGAUUGUGUCGCGGCACAGAUCUGGAGAAGGCUACCAAAAAAUUUCUGUAGCAUUGAAGGUCCCCAAGAACACGGUGGCCUCCAUCAUUCUUAAAUGGAAGAAGUGUGGAACCACCAAGACUCUUCCUAGAGCUGGCCGCCCGGCCAAACUGAGCAAUCUGGGGAGAAGGGCCUUGGUCAGGGAGGUGGUCACUUUGACAGAGCUCUUUAGUUCCUCUGUGGAGAUGGGAGAACCUUCCAGAAGGACAACCAUCUCUGCAUCACACCAAGAAUCAGGCCAUUAUGGUAGUGGCCAGACGGAAGCCACUCCUCCAGUAAAUGACACAUGACAGCCCGCUUGGAGUUUGCCAAAAGGCACCUAAAGGACUCUCAGACCAUGAGAAACAAGAUUGUUUGGUCUGAUGAAACCAAGAUUGAACUCUUUGGCCUGAAUGCCAAGCGCCACGUCUGGAGGAAACCUGUCACCAUCCCUAUAGUGAAGCAUGGUGGUGGCAGCAUCAUGCUGUGGGGUUAUUUUUCAGUGGCAGGGACUGGGAGACUAGUCAGGAUCGAGGGAAAGAUGAAAGGAGCAAAGUACAGAGAGAUCCUUGAUGAAAACCUUCUCCAGAGCACUCAGGACCUCAGAUUGGUCGACGGUUCACCUUCCAACAGGACAUCAACCCUAAGCACACAGCCUAGACAACGCAGGAGUGGCUUUGGGACAAGUCUCUGAAUGUCCUUGAGUGGCCCAGCCAGAGCCCGGAUUGAACCCGAUCUACUGUCUCUGGAGAGACCUGAAAAUAGCUGUGCAGCGAUGCUCCCCAUCCAACCUGACAGAGCUUGAGAGGAUCUGCAGAGAAGAGUGGGAGAAACUCCCCAAAUACAGGUGUGCCGAGCUUGUAGCGUCAUACCCAAGAAGACUUGAGGCUGUAAUUUGUUGCUGUAGGAGCUGUAUACUUAUGUAAAUGUGAUAUUUCUGUUUUUUAUUUUUCAUACAUUUGCAAAAAUGUCUAAACCUGUUUUUGCUUUGCCAUGAUGGGGUAUGUGUGUAGAUUGAUGAGGGGGGGGAAAAAACAAUGUAAUCCAUUUUAGAAUAAGGCUGUAACGUAACAAAAUAUGGAGAAAGUCAAGGGGUCUGAAUACUUUCCGAAUGCACUGUACAUACACUACCAGUCAAAAGUAUGGACACCUACUCAUUCAAGGGUUUUUCUUUAUUUUUACUAUUUUUUACAUUGUAGAAUAAUAGUGAAGACAUCAAAACUAUGAAAUAACACAUACAGAAUCAUGUAGUAGCCAAAAAAGUGUUAAACAAAUCUUAAUAUAUUUAUUUGAGAUUCUUCAAAUUGCAACCCUUUGCCUUGAUGACAGAUUUGCACACUCUUGGCAUUCUCUCAACCAGCUUCACCCGGAAUGCUUUUCCAACAGUCUUGAAGAAGUUCCCACAUAUGCUGAGCACUUGUUAGCUGCUUUUCCUUCACUCUGCUGUCUGACUCAUCCCAAACCAUCUCAAUUGGGUUGAGGUCGGGGGAUUGUGGAGGCCGGGUCAUCUGGUGCAGCACUCAAUCACUCUCCUUCUUGGUAAAAUAGCCCUUACACAGCCUGGAGGUGUGUUGGGUCAUUUACCUGUUGAAAAACAAAUGAUAGUCCCACUAGGCCCAAACCAGCUGUCAUCAAGGCAAAGGGUGGCGAUUUGAAGAAUCUCAAAUAUAAAAUAUGUUUUGGUUUGUUUAACACUUUUUUGCUUACUGCAUGAUUCCAUAUGUGUUAUUUCAUAGUUUUGAUGUCUUCACUAUUAUUCUACAAUGUAAAAAAUAAAGACAAACCCUUGAAUGAGUAGGCGUGUCCAAACUUUUGACUGGUACUUUAUGUGUAUGUAUACGGUAUAUAGUGACAUUAUCUUUUCUACAUGCUUUGUAUGUGGUUUUAGUUGUUUAGGUUUACACAGGAAAAUAAAUUACUAUCCCAAAAAUGAAUAGAGGAGAAACACUGACUAUAAUUGCUGGACUAGAAAAUAAAAUAUCAGAGCCAGCACAGAACGUUCAGGUCUGUAAUGUAGAUCAGGCAUUAGAUUGGGCUCAUAUUUAGGCCAUUGUUUGACUGUACCACAAUGUUUACUCCAUCGUCCAUAUUUAACAUGGUUUAAAUAUAGAGUUUAUUUUGGUUCUGUAUCUGUGGAGGAAAUGAACAACGAGGGAGCUAUUUAUCAGGUUGACUUUCGUACUUGGUGUCCUUGGUGAUACAUUUUGUACCUCAGGUCAGAGAGGAACUUCAGCUCUGUGUGUGUGUGUGUCUGUCUCUGUGUGUGUGUGUGUGUGUGUGUGUGUCUGUCUCUCUGUGUGUGUGUGUCUGUCUCUCUGUGUGUGUGUGGUCCCACAGCCCAAGCCCCUACGGACCCGGGCAUGUAUGGGGUCAUCCAGUCGGGCGACCACAAGGGCAGGACGUGUGCCGUGAAGUGGAUCAAACUCAACGCCUCCAGCGACGACGUGGAGGUCAGUCUGCUGGCCAUUGUAGAUCGGCUGGGGUCGCCCGGGGAACAACCUUUUUUAUAUUCCAUUAAUAGCUCUAUAGAAGUUGAUUUUGGGCAAAUCUGAAAUGACUCUAUUCCAAAUGAGUCUAUUCCAAAUUACACUAUUCCACAUGUGGUGCACUACUUUGGGCCAAGGCAAUAGCCCCAUGGUCCUAUGGCUUUGGUCAAAAAUAGUGCACUAUAUAGGGUGGCUUAUAGUGUCAUUUGAGCUGCAUGAUAUGAGUCUAAUGGGGUGGUGGUUUUGUUUGUUUAGGUUAUAGGAGAAGAGGAGGAUGUUAGUGUGUACGACAUCGCCGACCACCCAGACUUCCACUUCCGUACCACUGAUAUCGUCAUCAGGAUAGGGAACUCUGAGAACGGACGCAAUACAGAUUGCGAGAACGAUGUAAGUUCGAAAAAGUCUCUAAUUUUGUCAGUUGACGUGUUAGUAGUUUUCCCCGUGGUGCUUGGUGUUCUUUGCCUGUCCACGUUGUGCAGGUGCUUUGGACUGGUUACAGAUCCACCAUAGUUGCUAAAAGCAUGCUCUGAAAGGAAAUAUCAGCCAGUAUAGUACUUUAGUGUAGAAAGAGUAUUUUCACAUACCAGUCUUUUAUCUUGUUUUUUACCUGCCCAGACGUCAGUAGGUCAGGUCUUCAGAGUGGACGUGAGCAGCAAGGUGGAGGUGGUGUGGGCCGACAACUCCAUGACCGUCGUCCUGCCACAGGUACUCAUGGUAAUUGUAGUCUUUCUGUCCCUCACGUGCGGUAGUUGUAGUUUGCUGUCCGCAUGCGAGGUUGUAGUGGUCACUAAUUGGUGGCUCUGUUGGUUUCUGUUAUGUUUGUCAAUGAAGUGUGCUACUACUGUACCUUCUUGCUCAGGUUUCUGUUCAUGUUAAUUAUGUGUUCAUGUUAAUUAUGUUUUCAAUCUGAAUUUGUGUUCCGGAUAACAUGUUUAACUUGCAUGCUGCCCUUUGAAAAAUAUGUAUUAUUCUAUAACGACAUUUGAUAUUGACACAAAAAGCACUUAAUGAAUGUUAGCAAUUAUUAAUGAUUAAUGAGUGCGUAUAAACGCAGUGAUUUAGUUUCUCUAACCCCCCUCCAUCUAGCACCUGUACAACGUGGAGUCUGAGAUCGAGGAGACGGACUAUGACUCUUUGGAGGAGAGCAGCAGUGGCCUGUCCACGGAAGAGUGGGAGGACGAGAGCGACAGCUGGGAGACGGACAAUGGCCUGACCACCAACGAGGACGACCAGCACCCCGGCAACAACGACAUCGCCACCCCGGCCCCCACCCCCACCGGCUCCAGCCCCUUCAUCAUCCCCCUCGAGGAGGGCGGCAAAGCAGGGGCCACCACCCCCACCAAGCCCCCUAACUCCACAGAGGACCUGGAUGGAGCUGGGGCUAUAGCCAGCCCAGGCGCCAGUGCUGGAGGAACCACCCCUGGAGCAGGAGGGGGUGACGCCGCAGAGAAGCUCCCCGGGAAAGAGGGCACGCCGCGGGGCUUCCGCGAGCUCAAGGAGGCCCUGAAAAUCCUGGAGAGCCUGAAGAACAUGACGGUGGAGCAGCUAUGGACCGGCGGCUCGCCUACCUCGCCCACGUCCGGUGCCGUGCCGUCCACCAACGGGACUAACGCCAACGCCGCAACUGCCAUCACGCCCGAGAAGCCCACCAAGGAGAAACGCUUCCUGGAUGACAUCAAGAAGCUCCAGGAGAACCUGAGGAAGACCCUGGACAAUGUGGCCAUCGUGGAGGAGGAGCGGAUGGAGGCGGUGGUGGAGGCCGUAGGAGGCGGGGCAGGAGGAGGUGGGAGUACAGAAGGAGGGGAAAGAGGGGGCGAAGAAAGGCCCCAGGAGGAGACGGCGAAGACGCCAGGCGCGGCGCCAGAGUGGCCCAGCGAUACGCCUGUUCUGUGCCAACAGAGUGGUGGCAAGCCCGGCGUAACCUUCACCAGUGCCAAGGGAGAGGUGUUCUCUGUGCUGGAGUGGUCACCAGGUGAGGACGCAAUACUGCGCUUUUAGCUUGUCAUUGUUGGAUGCAUUGUUACGGAGACAUCCACUAAACUAGUAAUACUGGCAGAAGAAUACACAUCAUGACCCCAAAAAUGGCCUGUUAUAACUUUUAAUGCACUGGUCCAUUACUUAAAAUGGCCUUUUCAAAUACUAAAUGCCUUGUUGGAAUACCUAAAAAUGUCUCUGACCCCUGCCAGACACCCACACCUUUAAGAAGAUGGAGUUCCAGCCGGCCGAGGCCAAGAAGUUUUUCAGCACUGUGAGGAAGGAGAUGGCUCUGCUGGCCACCUCGCUGCCCGACGGCAUCAUGGUCAAAACCUUCGAGGACCGCAUGGUACGCUCACACACACUUGACAAGAGACCCGUUUGGAAGUGAUUCGAAUGUAGUCGAUUACAGUCAAGUAUUACAUUGCAUCAGACCACUCUUCAGUGGCUAAAGUGACUCCGGUUUUGAGCUGCCAGUUUCUCUGCUCUCAUUAAACACUUGAUUUAAAAACUCUUCAUCUAAGUUUGAGAGCAGUGCGUGGUUAUUUGAAGAUAAGUGAUGAUAAUUCUGAUGAUAGUGAAAAUGAGCUACUCUCGUUGACAUGUAAGUGGUUCCCCAUUCCUCUCUCCCUCUCUCUUCGUAGGACCUAUUCUCGGCCCUGAUCAAAGGGCCCACGCGCACCCCUUACGAGGACGGCCUGUUCCUGUUCGACAUCCAGCUGCCAAACAUUUACCCGUCGGUGCCGCCCCUCUUCCGCUACCUGUCCCAGUGCAGCGGGCGCCUCAACCCCAACCUCUACGACAACGGCAAGGUCUGCGUCAGCCUGCUGGGCACCUGGAUCGGCAAGGUAAAAGUAGACCUUUAUCCACCCCCCAAAAAAGUGUGAUACUUAGACCACCCAUUACCUUCCCUUUGACUUGACUGUUCUCAGAACACCCAUUACUGUCCCUUUCCCUUUUUUUAUAUAUUGUUUUGAACAUUAUCUGUUUGUAUAAAAUGUGCCUCACAGUCUUCCCUGUUUAUCAAUCCUCAGGGUACAGAGAGGUGGACCAGCAAGUCUAGCCUGCUGCAAGUGCUCAUCUCCAUCCAAGGUGAGCCUAAACUGACCUCAUUAGACCUAGUCUUACACACACAAUCUUGGUUUGAUUUGAUCCUUCACCCCCCCCUCUCAUCCUGAAUCCUCAUUUCCAGUCAGGUUCUGGUCCUUUAGGGACCACACAUCCCCCUCCCGUUGUCCUCCCUGCAGCAGAAAUGUAUGUUUUAUUCAUGCUGUUCAUUUGCUCAUGUCUGCUCCGGCCGCAGUGAGUGCCACACACCAUCACGCUCUGACAAGACAGUUGUGGUUAAACUGCCUCACCUUCCUAUCAGCAAUAUUCAGCUCAGGAUUUUGGAGACAAUUAUAGGAUUUGUUGCUAUCACAAACUAGGCUAAUAGGCUUGUACAGGUUAUUCCACAAAAGGCUGAAUACAUUUUAACUGUUAUAAAGGGGUUUGUGGUAUUUGAACCUUUACAUACACUAGAAUAAAGGGUUAAUGUGUGAAUGUCUUUGAUUUCUGAGGUAUUUGGGUCCUUUGUAACUUAAAGAUCCAAUGCAGCCGUUUUUAUCUCAAUAUCAAAUCAUUCCUGGGUAACAUUAAAUACCUUACUGUGAUUGUUUUUAAAUUUAAAAUGGUCAAAAAGAAACAAAAAUAGCUUCUUAGCAAAGAGCAGUUUCUCAAGCAAUAAUUUUGCUAGGACUGUCUGGGAAGUGGUCUGAGUGGGGAGGGGAAAACUAGCUGUUAUUGGCAGAGAGGUUUGGAACUCUCUUAUUGGUCUGUCUAUAAACUAAUUUACUGCCUGGUGAUGUCACCAGGCAGGACAUAACUCUAUCCCACCAAAACAGGCUGAAAUGUCAGGUGGUCUUUUUAACAGCUCUUACACUAAAAGGCCAUUAUCAUAAUUUUCACAGCAUUAUUCCAACCUCAUAGUGUGGAAAUACACACUGAGUAUACCAACCAUUAGGAACACCUUCCUCAUAUUGCGUUGCACCCCCAUAUUUGCCCUCAGAACAGCCUCAAUUCGUUGGGGCAUGGACUCUACAAGGUGUCGAAAGCAUUCCACAAGGAUGCUUGCCCAUGUUGACUCCAAUGCUUCCCAUAAUCGUGUCAAGUUUGCUGGAUGUCCUUUGGGUGGUGGACCAUUCUUGAUACACAUGGGAAACUGUUGAGCGUGAAAAACCCAGCAACGUCGCAGUUCUUGACACAAACCUAUACGCAUGGCACCUACUACCAUACCCUGUUCAAAGGCACUUAAAUAUUUUGUCUUGCCCAUUCACCCUCUGAAUGGCACACAUACACAAUCCAUGUCUCAAUUGUCUCAGGGCUUAAAGUUCUUCUUUAACCUCUCUCCUCCCCUUCAUCUACACUGAUUGAAGUGGAUUUAACAAGUGACAUCAAUAAGGGAUCAUAGCUUUCACCUGGUCAGUCUGUCAUGGAAAGAGCAGGUGUGCUUAAUGUUUCGUAUACUCUGUGUACAUAAAAUGCAGGACAAUCACGUUUUUGACUGCACUGGGCCUUUAAUGCUUCAUUGUGGGUCUUGAAGAAUCUAAAGAGUGUGCUGUGUUGUCUCCCCCAGGCCUGAUCCUGGUCAACGAGCCCUACUACAACGAGGCAGGUUUCGACAGCGACCGGGGCCUACAGGAGGGCUAUGAGAACAGCCGCUGCUACAACGAGAUGGCCCUCAUCAAGAUGGUGCAGUCCAUGACCCAGCUGCUGCAGACACCCAUAGAGGUCGGGAUACAAUUUGAUCAGAUUUUGUUUUAUCUAGAGUCAAUCUGUUUUGUGUAGAUUUUAUAUGAUUUGAUUAUAUUUGUGUGAAUACACACACAGUAAAAAUCCCUCCAAAAAACUGAAGGAGAGUUAUUGUAUACUGAUAGUUAAUGUAUAAAUUUGACCUGUAAGUCAGUGCCAAAGACACAUUUCAAUUUUCUGAAGAUUUAAGAAAACGUUUGUCCGUUAUCUUAUUAAUGGAUGAGUUGGUGACAAAUGGCAGGUGGUGAUGGAUGGUUCUAGUUGGAUGGUUGCCAUGGCGCCGUGGUAGAGUGGUCUGUAAAUAUUGUACUUAUGGGGCGGCAGGUAGCUUAGUGGUUAAGAGCGUUGUGCCAGUAACCGAAAGGUCGCUGGUUCUAAUCCCCGAGCCAACUAGGUGAAAAAUCUGUCGAUGUGCCCUUGAGCAAGGCACUUAACCCUAAUUGCUCCUGUAAGUCGCUCUGGAUAAGAGCGUCUGCUAAAUGAUUAAAAUGUAAAUGUAUUUGUAAAAAUAAAAACACAAAAAUAAUUAACGUUUUUGUUAACAAUUAGUUGUUAUUGCAUAUGCCUUAUGUUUUUGAGCCACAAAUUUGCAGAUUGACUGAUAGGUGAACUCUAAUGUUUUUGUUUGAAAAAUGCAUCUGGAUACAGUAGGCUACCAGCUUUUUUGGUUCACCUGGCUGCCAGUUCUUUUGAACAUAAUUUGAGGAGUCACCUCAAAUUCAAGAGGAAUGGGAGAUGGAGGAAUACAGCAGUGCUGAGGAAGAGGGCUCGUAGUGAGGACUACUGGCUACUAUUCUGAACUUUGUGUGAUGAACUUUCUGACGCCCAGAUCUGCUGAGGCAUCAUCCAAGUGGGUGCUACACAGAGUGGAAGAGGAGAAGUCCAGUGGCUAUAAGACUCAGGCUGGUUUCCAGACUUGCCCUCUCCAUCACCAUCUACCAUCCUCUGACCAGCUCCCUCCGCUCAAGCCAUCAACUGACCCUCCAUCUUCGGAGGAAAGACUUGGCCUCUACUGGUUGACCUGUCAUGAUAUCUUGUUUGUUUGUUUUUGGUCUUGAAGCGCUAUAGAAGUUGAAUAAACUAUUAUUAUUAUAGGUUUUGAUUCAGAUCAUGGUGAGAUUGAGCCAUAAUCAUUAUUUUGUCUGUUUCCAAACAGGUGUUCCAGCAGGAGAUCCGGCAGCACUUCACCUCCAGUGGCUGGCGCCUUGUGCACCGCCUGGAGGCCUGGCUGGAGCUCCACGAGCUAGCCGAGAGAGGCCCUCCGCCAAGACCAUCCCGGGACAGGCCUCCCUCAGUGGGGCCUCUGGACGAGACGCUCCCCUUGGAUUUGCUGGCCCACAGCACCCCCAACAAGCCCCAUGGCACCGGGGAUGAAGAGCUGGAGGACUCUGGCCUGAGCCUUUCCACCACCGCCGCCUCCCAGCAGGAGCUCAGCCAGAACUUGGACUGCGACGGCGCCGUCUCGGCCAGUGAGGUGGCCGGGGCGAGUGUGGUGGUCUCCGGGUCGGUUAGGGGGGCCUCCUCGGACUCUGCUGGCGGCAGCCAGCCGGCGGUGCGACCAAAGAAGCGCAGGAAGAGCUACCGGAGCUUCCUGCCCGAGCGGAGCGGAUACCCGGACAUUGGCUUCCCCCUCUUUCCGCUCUCCAAGGGCUUUGUGAAGAGCGUGCGCAGCGUGCUGCUGCAGUACCGGGCCGCCCUGGCCGCCGCCUCCAUCCCCGACCACAUAGAGGACAAGUAAGUGACUAGUGCCUCCCCCAACGCCCUCCUCCUCCUCAAUCCUCAGCCCACCCUCCAAGAGCUGCACUGUGCCCCCAAUUAUCUCCCAAAUAGCCCCCGUACCCUCUGAUCCCCCUUGCCCAACUGCUGCCCAGUGCCCCUGCCCCUCGGCCAUCUAUCUAGUGCCCUCUUGCCCUCUCCUCCCCUCCCUCAGACCACUAGAAGCUAACUGGGUGUAUGCGCUUUCCUUCAAUGUCCAGAGGCCAGAUGGGGCGGGACGGGGGGAGUGUCUUAUGGGGAUCUAA